AUGCUGUCUGCUGCUAGAUUGAUCGCCCCUGCAGCCAGGUCUGCUAUCUUCAGCAACGCAGCUCUUGUGAGGCCACUGGCAGCAGUCCCCACACAGACACAAAUUGUGCCUGCUGUCCCCGCCCAGGUGUCAGCUGUGCGCAGCUUCCAAACCACAUCGGUUACAAAAGACAUUGACUCUGCUGCCAAAUUUAUUGGUGCUGGUGCGGCGACAGUAGGAGUAGCUGGCUCUGGUAUUGGUAUUGGUGUGGUGUUUGGAUGCUUAAUAAUUGGCUAUGCACGUAACCCUUCCUUGAAGCAGCAGAUAUUUUCAUAUGCUAUUCUAGGAUUUGCGCUGUCAGAAGCAAUGGGACUUUUUUGUUUGAUGAUCGCCUUUCUUAUGCUAUUCGCCUUUUAA